CUUAUUGAAACGAAAAACUCGUUUGAUCUAAAUCGAUCCUCGGUGCCUCCGGUUGCGUUCGACGAGAUUUAUCGGCGGAGAGGGUCGUGUAUCGUCGCGCACAUGACAAACAAGCAUUCGUUCGAGCGAAACGAUACACGGCCUCGCGCUAUUUUAUCGUUUGCACGCGCUCGUUCUCGCACCGGAUGCGUAUCGAUUUUACCGUUAGCACCGUGGCCCCGAGUGCGUAAACGAGCGGCUAAUCACGGUAUAAAUUUCGGAUUCGCAGGAUGCUGGAUAAUUAUGACAGGGGUGAGGUGACACCACCGCCGGUCAGCAGCUAUGGCGGGUCUCCGGGACUCCUGGCACUUCAUUCAUCGCUUUACGCGACUCCCACGUCGAGGGCAUACGACAUCGAGUCGAACAUCGACGGCAAUGACAACAUGCCCAUCGACACCCAAAUCAUCUCGAUACCUGGCAUGUUGAGCGGUCCCGGGCAGCAGAGACUGGAGGACAUGUCCUGGCUGGCUUCCGGCCCGCCACUGGAAUAUCAACAAGGGAUAUCGCCGAUUCCCGCGGGGGUGAAGAUGUGCCAUUCAGGCAGCUCGGCCCAGAGAAGUCUCAAGGAGCAACGGAUACGUCGCCCUAUGAACGCGUUCAUGGUCUGGGCAAAGGUCGAGCGAAAGAAGCUCGCCGACGAGAAUCCUGAUCUCCAUAACGCCGAUCUCAGCAAGAUGCUCGGUAAGUUCCCACCAAUUCGUUAUUAACUUUCUAUUUAUAAAUCCUAACAAA